CGGGAUGUAGCGUUCCAGCGUGUACUGGAACGGCCUGAACUUGCUCAGAAAGUACGGAAGGCAGUCGCCGAAACGAGGGCGCUGAGGGAGACGCAGAUGGAGGAGACCAUGGCAAGGACAGAAAAUGAGUUCGAGAAACUCAAUGGGGUCCAGAUGAGGAAGAUGAAGGACGGUGAGGACAGCCAGCGCUAUGCAAAGCUGAAAGAGCGAUUUGAAGGCGCCCAACGAAAGCGGCUUGAAGCGCUCGCAGCGAAGUUUCUCCAGCAAGAAAAGGAGGCGACUCAAGUGAAGCUGCGAAGCGCUGAUCUGCUCCCCGAAGCGCCGGCCGUGCCGGAAAGGCAGUCAUUCUAG